GUAAAAGUUGGCCGAUUCAGAAUAGAAACAAACUACCAACAACGCACCCAGGAUGUCGCAGGAAAGCGCCAUCGUGUUUACUAUCUUUUACGCACUGUUGUGCUUCUGCAUUGUCUACCCAUCGACGGAGUUCGUGUCCGCCGGGCUGACAGUGGACCAUGUCUUCUCGUCCACACUCGGCUCGGAAACGAUAGGUUUCGUGCAGCAUCACAUCCGGCGAACCAGUUUGAACCUGAUGGUCCACUCGCUGCUCCCCGUGAUGUACAUUCGGGUGUACUUUAUGCAGUUUGAACAGGGCGGCGAUCACGCGAGUGAGCACGAUCCGUACUCUCCGUUGGCCCUGGCAUGGAAGACGUUUAUUGUGGCGACGAUACUGCUACCGGGGCUGGUAGCAGUGGCCAUCUACUACUGGUCCAGAAAGGGAUGGGAGAAUCACCCGAUUGCCAAGCGGCUGGGGAAGUUUUGCGAUGGAGAGCGACUGCGAGAUUGGAAGGCAGUGACAGCAAGCAUCAAUGAAGAAUACAGGAGGGAUGAUAAGGUGGUUAUCAAGAUGAAUCCCGUUUCGAGAAUUGUGGUGACGGAGAACUGGAUCAUCAAGACGGGUCCAUACUGGAUCAAUAUAGCGAAUCAGAAUGACACGGCUUUAAUCGCCUACAAGAGCGACACCCACGACGUAAGCCAGGAAGCCUUCGAAACGGUUCAGUACGUCAACAUUGCUGUCAAGCCAACCCGCGAAGGCAUUCGGGAGUUCUCCAUCAGAAUCAAUGCCCUCGACUUCAAAGACCUACAGGAUCGUAUCAGUCGGCCGAUAACGAUCUUGUCCAGUGUCAAAUUUCAUCGUUCUGUGCUGGAUCGAUUCGUCGACGUGUUUAAGGACCAGGUUGCUCAGAAUCCAAUCUAUCGGCCGGAGGGACACGUGGCGAUUGACAAUCUAGACAGCUGUUUUGCCUGUAUGCAGGCGCAACCUAAUAUAAAAAUUCAAAAGAACUGUCUGGACGUGGACGAAGCAGGGGAAGCUCUGCCGGAGACCCGAUGCUGUCAGGUAUGCAACUGUCGACCCAUGUGGUGCAUCGAUUGCGUGGCCAAGUGGUUCGCCUCGAGGCAAAACCAAUCGGAACGGGAAUCGUGGCUGCAGCAAAAGUGCACCUGCCCGAUGUGCCGGGCACGGUUCUGUGUUCUAGACGUGUGCUUCAUCGAGGGGAUGAGAUGAA